AUGGAACGUGUUUUUAAAAGGUUAGAUAGGGCACUGUGUAAUGUUGACUGGAGAACUAAGUUUGCGGAGGCAAAAGUUGAUGUGUUAACCCGAAUGCGCUCGGAUUACCAUCCCCUCCUUGUCACUCUAAAUCCCCAGUUAGCUAGUAGGUAUGAAAGACCCUUCCGAUAUGAAGCGAUGUGGAUUACACACCCUGAGUACAAGAAAACCAUCAGACAGAACUGGAACUACGAGGAGAGUCUGGACAAUGCUCUCAUAGCCUUGUCUAGCAAUCUCUAUAGGUGGAACAAGGAGGUUUUUGGCCAUGUUGGAAGGAUGAAGAGAAGACUUAUUAAUCGAAUUGGAGGCAUACAGAGGGCUUAG